GCACCCUGCACAUCUCCCCUAUGAUCUCUGGUUGAAGAUUGAAGUGGAAAAAACGCGAAAUAUCGCUCCCUUGAUUUGUUUACCUUCAUCUCCUCAGACUUUUAAAUAGUGAUAAUAAACAUAACCAUGUGGAAAGCAAUACAUACUAAUUCUAAAAAUCGUUAAUAAAUUAAACUCAUCGCUUGUGGUUUGUGAACUUUAAUCAAUCAGAAGUGGAAUCUCACCGUCACAGAGUCAUACACCUCUGAUUUUUAGGUUAUACGCACACCGAAGUCGGAGCUACAUUUUACAUUGUUUAUAACCUCUCUAUUGAGAGCUACAGACACAUAAUUUCCUAAACAAUGUCAGACGACGAAGAUUUAGUGUACGUGAAAAAAACAAAAAUUGUCCAUUAUGGAUCUUUUGAAGAGUCCGAAAGGAAUCGCCUGGCAGGUGGUGAUGACACCGAUGAUGAGAAAGAAGGUAUGCAAAAUGAAUCAACGCAUUUGGGAAACGUUCAUAUGUCCAAUGAGUAUAUGGAUCUGGAGGAUGAGAUAUCAAAAGACAGACAGGCUUUGUUGGAAGAGUUUGAACGUCGAAAGAAAGCGAGGCAGAUUAAUGUCUCGACAGACGAUUCAGAGGUGAAGAAAAAUCUUAGACAACUUGGAGAACCAAUAUGUCUGUUUGGCGAGGGUCCAGCAGACAGACGAACGAGGUUAAGGGAAUUGUUGGCCAGUGUAGGAGAAGAUGCCAUAAAGAAGAAACACGAUGAGGAGGAAAAACCAGCUCAUCCAGUGGAGAGAGACACGGAGACAACGUGGUAUCAUGAGGGACCUGAUUCUCUGGAAAUAGCUCGCACGUGGAUUGCUCAUUAUUCACUACCACGUGCCAAAGCUCGAUUGAACCAGGCCAGAGAAGAGUUGACAUUGUCUGGAGCGACUCGAACGGCGAAGAGACAGGAAUUGUUGAAAAAACUGCAGGCUCUGACUAUUUAUUGUUCCCAAAUUGGAGAUACUAGACCCAUUUCGUAUUGCCAAUUCAGUCCGGAUGCAAAACUUUUAGCAACUUCAUCGUGGUCGGGAUUGUGUAAGCUAUGGUCUGUACCUGAUUGUGCAAAAGUACGAACUUUGAAAGGACAUGCGUGCAAUGUUGGGUGUAUUGUUUUCCAUCCAAAGGCUACCAUCACCGAGGAAGUGUUGGGAGACAAACCUGGGCAGACCUGCGUGAUGGCCAGUUGUGCUGCUGACGGUACUGUCAAGUUAUGGGGAAGUGGAACGGGAGAAGAGCCGUUGGCAGAAAUAGAGGGUCACGAGCCAAAUCGAGUAUCUCGAUUGGCAUUUCAUCCUUCGGGAAGGUUUUUGGGCACUUGUUGCCACGACGCAUCAUGGAGAUUAUGGGAUUUGGAGCAACAAGCUGAGGUACUUCAUCAGGAGGGUCACGCCAGAGCGGUCCAUUGCAUAAGUUUCCAAGCUGAUGGAAGUGUAGCAGCUACCGGCGGUCACGAUUCUUUCGGUCGUGUUUGGGAUUUGCGAACUGGUAGAUGCAUCAUGUUCAUGGAGGGCCAUCUCAAGUCAAUUUUUGGACUCGAAUUUUCACCGAACGGUUUUCACAUCGCCACAGCCAGUGAAGAUAACUCUUGUAAGAUUUGGGAUCUACGAAAACGCACGUGCAUUUAUACUAUCCCAGCACAUAGUAAUCUUUUAUCAGACGUGAAAUAUCAGCGCGGUGAGGGGCAGUAUUUAGUCACAGCGUCAUAUGACAAUACAGCUAAGAUAUGGUCUAACAAAACGUGGCAGCCACUCAAGACACUGCCGGGGCAUGAUGGAAAAAUUAUGUCCGUCGAUGUUUCUGUUGACAAUAAAUUUAUUGUAACGAGCUCAUUUGACAGGACCUUCAAACUCUGGGCACCAGAAACUGUCUAGUGACUGCGGGGAAACUAGAAAUAUACAAAAAUUGCUAUGAAAUUGCUUUCGAAAACUACAAAAAUAAAUGUUUUUUAAUUA